AUAGUUUAGCAAGGCCUGAUGCCUCUGGAGCGUUUUCCCUUUAUAGCACCAUUGAAUCCCAGUCCUAGCAGAAGUGCUGCGAAUCUUGUGGCCUCAUUUUGAACAAAAGGGAUUAGAGAAGAAAAAUCUCUUGAUAUAAGGCUUGAAAGCAAGGGCAGGCAAUCUUGGUUGUGAAUAUUUUCUGAUUUUUCCAGAAAUCAAGCAGAAGAUUGAGCUGCUGAUGUCAGUUAACUCUGAGAAGUCGUCCUCUUCAGAAAGGCCGGAGCCUCAACAGAAAGCUCCCUUAGUUCCUCCACCACCACCUCCACCACCACCGCCACCUUUGCCAGACCCCACGCCCCCAGAGCCAGAGGAGGAGAUCCUGGGUUCAGACGAUGAGGAGCAGGAGGACCCCGCAGACUACUGCAAAGGUGGCUAUCAUCCAGUGAAAAUUGGAGACCUUUUCAAUGGCCGGUAUCAUGUUAUUAGGAAGCUAGGAUGGGGACACUUCUCUACUGUCUGGCUGUGCUGGGAUAUGCAGGGGAAAAGAUUUGUUGCAAUGAAAGUUGUAAAAAGUGCCCAGCAUUAUACGGAGACAGCCUUGGAUGAAAUAAAAUUGCUCAAAUGUGUUCGAGAAAGUGAUCCCAGUGACCCAAAUAAAGACAUGGUAGUACAGUUAAUUGAUGACUUCAAGAUUUCAGGCAUGAAUGGAAUCCAUGUCUGCAUGGUCUUCGAAGUGCUUGGCCACCAUCUCCUCAAAUGGAUCAUUAAGUCCAACUAUCAAGGCCUUCCUUUACGUUGUGUGAAGAGUAUCAUUCGACAGGUACUUCAGGGGUUAGAUUAUCUACACAGUAAAUGCAAGAUCAUUCAUACUGACAUAAAGCCGGAAAACAUCUUGAUGUGUGUGGACGACGCGUACGUGCGCAGAAUGGCAGCCGAGGCCACGGAGUGGCAGAAAGCGGGUGCUCCUCCUCCGUCAGGGUCUGCAGUGAGUACGGCUCCACAGCAAAAACCUAUAGGAAAAAUUUCUAAAAACAAAAAGAAAAAACUGAAAAAGAAGCAGAAAAGGCAGGCUGAGUUACUGGAAAAGCGCCUGCAGGAAAUAGAAGAAUUGGAACGCGAAGCUGAAAGGAAAAUAAUAGAAGAAAACGUCACAUCAGCUGUACCUUCUAAUGAGCAAGAUGAUGAAUACCGCCCAGAGGUGAAACUAAAAACAGCAGCGCUAGAGGAGGCUGCUGAGGGAGAGCCUGCGCUGGACAACGGUGAAGCUGAGGACCAGGAAGAGAAAGAAGAUGCUGAGAAGGAAAACAUUGAGAAGGAUGAAGACGAUGGUGAACAGGAGGAGCUCGAGAACAUAGACCCCACGUGGAUAGAGUCACCCAGAACCAAUGGCCACAUUGAGAACGGCCCGUUCCUGUUGGAGCAGCAGCUGGAUGACGAAGACGAUGAUGAAGAAGAUUGCCCAAACCCCGAGGAGUAUAAUCUUGAUGAGCCAAACGCAGAAAGUGAUUACACCUACAGCAGCUCCUAUGAACAAUUCAAUGGUGAAUUGCCAAAUGGACGGCAUAAAAUUCCCGAGUCACAGUUUCCAGAGUUUUCCACAUCAUUGUCCUCUGGGCCCUUAGAACCUGUGGCUUGUGGCUCUGCACUUUCCGACGGAUCCCCGCUUACUGAGCAGGAGGAGAGCAGCCCGUCCCACGACAGGAGCAGGACGGUCUCGGCCUCCAGCACCGGGGACUUGCCAAAAACCAAAACCCGGGCAGCGGACUUACUGGUGAAUCCCCUGGAUCCACGGAACGCCGAUAAAAUUAGAGUUAAAAUUGCUGACCUGGGAAAUGCUUGUUGGGUGCAUAAACACUUCACAGAAGACAUCCAGACACGUCAGUACAGAUCCAUAGAGGUUUUAAUAGGAGCAGGUUACAGCACCCCUGCUGACAUCUGGAGCACGGCCUGUAUGGCCUUUGAGCUGGCGACCGGAGAUUAUUUGUUUGAACCGCAUUCUGGAGAGGACUAUUCCAGAGACGAAGACCAUAUAGCCCACAUCAUAGAGCUGCUAGGCAGUAUCCCAAGGCACUUUGCUCUAUCUGGAAAAUACUCUCGGGAAUUCUUCAAUCGCAGAGGAGAACUGCGGCACAUCACCAAGCUGAAGCCCUGGAGCCUCUUUGAUGUACUUGUGGAAAAGUAUGGGUGGCCCCAUGAAGAUGCUGCACAGUUUACAGAUUUCCUGAUUCCGAUGUUAGAAAUGGUUCCAGAAAAAAGAGCCUCAGCUGGCGAAUGCCUUCGGCAUCCUUGGCUGAAUUCUUAGCAGAUUCUACAAAUAUAGCAUUCUGAGCUAGCAAAUGUUUUCCAGUACAUUGGACCUAAACGGUGACUCUCAUUCUUUUAACAGGAUUACAAGUGAGCUGGCUUCAUCCUCAGACCUUUAUUUUGCUUUGAGGUACUGUUGUUUGACAUUUUGCUUUUGUGCACUGUGAUCCUGGGGAAGGGUAGUCUUUUAUCUUCAGCUUAGUAGCUCACUGACCCACUUUCUUCUGGAAACAAUACCACGUCUCUCAGCAUUGUUUCUUGUGUUGUGUGACAUUCAAAUGUCAGGUUUUUUUUUUUUUAAAGAAAAAUACUUUCCCCCUUGUGUUUUGGCAGGUUUUGUAACUAUUUAUGAAGAAAUAUUUUAGCCGAAUACUAUAUAAUUUACAAUCUUAAGAAAUUAUCAAGUUGGAACCAAGAAAUAGCAAGGAAAUGUACAAUUUUAUCUUCUGGCAAAGGGACAUCAUUCCUGUAUUAUAGUGUAUGUAAAUGCACCCUGUAAAUGUUAAUUUCCAUUAAAUAUAGGAUGGGAACUCCAAUUUCAGAAAAGUUACCAGGUCUUGAGUGCUUUGUAGCCUAAGUUGCAUGUAGUGGACUUAGCUCCAGGGAGUUGUACAAACUUCAUUCCAUAACAGUCCUUUUUCUGUGGAUUUUAAACAGAGUGGCUCUGGGUUAUGUCAUUCCCUAUAUGGCACCUAAAGAGAGAAAAAAACAUACUUCCCAUUCUAAAGUACGUUUUAUAGUUUAGCAAUCCUUUUCCUGUUUUUGCAUAUUUUAAAAGUACUUUUAAGAAGUAAAAACAACAGCAAUUUCCCUUUAAAAAUGCGAUGGCCUGGUACCAUGUGGUGUUGCCUCCUCCAAACACUGUAAGUUAAAGUCUACGUAGAUUAAACUGGACAAGAGAAACAUGUUCAGUGUGUGAAAUGAAAAAAUAUAUAUUUUUGGAAAAUCUUGCUUGUGUUUGUCUAGAAACCAAGGUAUGGUAUAUGCAAUUUGCAGUGUAAUGGGCAGAAUAUUAACAACUCAGAGGUAACAGUGAUCACGUUCAUUCUGUAGGCAUUUUUUAUAUGUGACUACAACAAAUUUUACUAGUUUGUCUUUUCGUGCAUUGAAGUUGAGAAAUUGAUUUUCCCUUUGGAGGUUGCACACAGUUUUAUCAUUUCUUUAAAAUUGUAGAAUCCAGGACACAAACCAUAGUAGGCAAUACAGUUUUAGGAUGUAAUAUACAAGAGGUCUAUUUAGCCUCUUUUAGAAGUCAGUGGAUUGAAUGCCAGUUUUUGGGGUUUUUUAAAAAUUUUACAUUUAAGGUGCCUCCUUUUUCUUGACUUUGUCUAUUAACAUUUAUCCAUAUGCCUUUGCAAUAACUAGAUUGUGAAAAGAGAACAAGUGUUGUAACAAUAACCCAUUGUUUGAGGUGCUUGCAGUUGUUUUAAAAAUUAAAGUGUUUUUGGGUUUUUUUUUC